UCCCUCAGAUAUUCAUCCAUAAAUUUUCAUUUUAUAUUAAAUUCUGCUUUUUAGUGGUCACUCUGUCGCGAGGAAACGUCUAGGGGAAUUGUGGAAGGUCUCAACUUUCUUAUAUCCGAGGCACAAAAUAUUUGAUUUUUGAAUUCAUGUUCUAUCUGUUUACCUUUUUAAGAAGACUCUUACCGCAAUUCAAAUUCCUGAAUUCGACUUCAAUUUUUUGGUGUGACAAAUGUGUUUUGGGACAACGUUGAAAAAGUUUUUCUAUGAAAGUAGUUCAGUUUGUCUGUGAUUGAGUGUCCAUGUAGGCACUCAGUCCGUAAUUUUCACACCCGUGUUUAAAAUACUUCCCUUGAUAAUUUUUUCGAUUAAAAUUUAAACUAUACGCACAGAGGCACAAUGGAUGAAAAAUUUGAGGUUGUAAUAUCGGGCGUCUCAGCUCGGAUUCCUGAUUGUGACAAUAUUUCAGAUUUCAUGGAGAAGAUUUACAAUAAAGCAGCCAUGACGGGGGUUAACACAACUUGGAUGAAAGGAUUCGAAGGAGUUCCUUACCAUUCAGGCACAGUCAAAGACUGGGACCGCUACGAUACGUACGCCUUUAACAUAAAUCUUGCGCAAGCCAAAUGCCAGAUUCCCGCAGUUCCGAAGCUCCUUGAAAUGGCUCACGAGGCUAUCAUCGAUGCAGGAGUUCACCCAAAGUCGCUAUCGGGUACCAACUGCGGCAUAUACACGCUGUCUUGUCAGGCAGACUUCAGCCCUCGCCUACUGAGGGGCAACAACAAACGCACCAUGACUGGCUCCACCACUAGCUACGCAAGUGCCCGUAUUGCCUACUGUCUGAAUUUGAACGGUCACAACGUGGGUCUGGAUGGGAGUAAUAACAGCUUGUUCUACUUUCUAAGAAAAGCGGUGGACGAGAUACGCGAGGGGCGGAUCGAGGCCUGUCUCGUAGGAUCCACGGAUUUCAUCCACGAGCCAUUUUACAGUAAGGAUUUUGUGGCCCUGGAUGCACUCGCAGAGGAUGGGGAAUGUCUCCCUUUCGACGAGAAAGCCCACGGCAUGGUACGUGCCGACGGUGGAGUGGUGUUCUUUCUGCAAGAAGCCAGUAAGGCAAAACGAUGGAGAGCCAUACCAAUUGGCUUCGACUACAAAUUUCUGGGCAAUCACUCACUUAACUACGUGCACCACGACACGGAUCAGAUGAUUCAAAUGCUCAAGAAAUUUUACGCUGACUGCAAAGUUGAUCCCACUAGGGUGAAGUACAUCGAGGCUGACGGUUCUGGUAUCAAGUCGUUGGAUGAGGCCGAAAUGAAAGUAUUAGCCAAAGUGUUCACCGAGAAUCGUGCUGAUGAGUUGCUGGUUGGCUCGGUAGCGAGUAACGUUGGACGCAGCGAAACCUCGUCAGGUCUCAUAAGUUUACUAAAAGCCGUUUUGACAUUCGAGAAGGGAACCAUUCCACCUACCAGGAAUCACUCGACUCCGAACUCAAAAUGUCCUGCUCUGUCACUUGGCGCUAUCAAGAUUGCAACAGAGGAGACUGAGCUUAAAGGUGAUCUCAUUGGGGUAAAUUCGUUUUCUCUAGCUUCAGAUUUCGCACACGGUUUGAUCAAGAGGCCACCUCCGAAAACUACGGAGGAGCCUCAAGCGGAGCAUCACGUAUAUUUUCUCUCUUCGCGAACGGAGGAGGGGCUGGAAAAAAUCAUGGACAGAGCUGCCAAAGUUCCACUGAGUCGCGACUUCACGGAUCUCUUGAACGGAGUGUUCCACAAGCAGCUUUAUGGACACUUCAACCGCGGUGUUAUGGUCGUCUCUGAAACCGAGAAAACCAUCAUACGGAAAACAGGACACGCUGACAGUUCACGGCAGAGACCUCUCUGGUUUUCAUUUUCGGGGAUGGGAUCCCAGAAGAACGGAAUGGGAAAGGCUCUGCUACGCAUCCCUGUGUUCGCCGAGGCAAUCGACAAAUGCGACGCAGUUCUUACUCCGAAAGGGAUCGACAUCAAGCACGUAUUGACGAGUCCUGACAAGACCGUGUUCGAUGACGUCAUACACGCUUUCGUCGGUAUUACUGCUGUUCAGAUCGGGCUGAUUCAUGUCCUGCGGAGUUUGGGAAUCGAGGGUGACAAAUUCGUGGGUCACUCGCUUGGCGAGCAGGCGUGUGCAUACGCCGACGGGGCCCUCACACUGGAAGAAGCCAUCCUCUGCGCUUGGGCCAGAGGGUACGCCUCCCAAGAGGCUGCCCGUACAGGGACACUCAUUCCCGGUCUCAUGGCCGCUGUUGGUCUUGGGUACGAGGACAUAAAGGCUAGACUGCCAGAGUCCAUCGACGCUGCAUGCCAUAACUCAAAUAGUAGCUGCACUAUAUCGGGCCCAGCGGAAGAUGUGAAAGCAUUUGUCGAAAAGUUAAAGGCAGAAGAAAUUUUUGCCAAGGAGGUCAACGCUGGCAACAUAGCGUACCAUUCGCGAUACAUUACACAGAUAGGAGAACGACUUAACAAGCUAUUAAAGGAGAUCUUGAAAACCCCUCGAGAGCGAUCCGAAAAGUGGAUCAGCACCUCGGUGCCGCGCGCGCGUUGGGGUGAGGAAUCCGCCAAAUUGGCGGGCGCCGAGUACUUCACCAACAACCUGCUCAGCUCGGUGCUCUUCGAGGAGGCCUUCGCGGAGGUCCCCGCUGAUGCCGUCAUCUUGGAGGUGGCCCCGCAAAGUCUCCUCUUGCCCAUCCUCAAACGUGCCUUCCCGACCUCCGUCACCAGUCUCUCGCUCAUGGGCCGCAUCUCCGAGGAGAAGCCAGCUUUCGUCCAUUUCCUCGGCUCUAUUGGAGAACUUUAUCUGCUGGGAUACGAGCCGAACCCUGCUGGUUUAUAUCCCCUGAUCAGCUAUCCAGUUGCAGCUAGUACGCCAGAUUUAGCUUCGUUCGUCACAUGGGAGCACUCGUUCCACUUUGAUGCCAAGAAGUUCUUGCUUGUACCUGAUGAGUGUGAACUGAUGAGCGCAUCUCAGGAGAAAUCGAUGGAUAUGAUAAUGAUGCAAUUGAAAGAGUUCAGACACUUGUUCGAGGGUCAUGUCUUGCUGUCCCGACCGAUGAUCCCUCUGUCUUACUUCCUUAAUGAGAUUUGGUCGCUGUUGGCACCGAAGGGUAGAUUCAAAAAAAAUUUCGACGAAAUAACUCCACAUUUUACCGACAUUUUGGUGCAUUCUUCAAUUUGGAUGGAUGAUCUUCCAGAGGAAGCAACUAUGGUUAUUCAGUUAAGCCCAGCGUCUGGCUCGUUCGAAGUGUGCUUGGCCUAUCGGGAGGAGAAAACACUACCACUGAAAGGUGACGUCAUUGUGAGCGGAAAAGCAGCCAUAUACGAGAAAGAUUUCGAAAAAGAACGAUGGUGUUGCGAGCAUCCACCCACGUCUUCUGUCAGGAGGACUCUCAACAUUCAAGAUUUGAAGAAUGCUUACGGUGCUAAAGGCUAUGAUUUGAGCCCGGAAUUCCAGAAUAAUAUUAGUGAACUACAAAUAUAUGACGAGGUUUCCGUAGGGAAGCUUACUUGGAAGAAAAAUUGGCAGAGCGUGUUUGAUGGCGUCAUCAAAGCCGGGUUGUUGAUCAACGUUGACAGCACAGAAGUAAGCUGUCCCGUGGCUAUCCAGUCCCUCAUUCUCAAACCGGACGAUAUAAAAUUCAUGGACUACGGCUCUGAAAUUGCAUUCACUCUGGAUCGACGUCAAAAUGUGCUAGUUGCUGCGGAAGGAAUCGAGAUGAAAGGACUCAUUUUCAAAGCUCCACCAAAGAGGGUCUCUGUCUCCCAGACUUUAGAAUGUAGCGAGUUUUUACCGUAUUUCACUUCAAACUUCCAGCAAGAAGAAGAAUUUCUCGGCGCAGCUUUGGAAAUAAUGUUGAACUGUUGUCCAAGUCACAAAAAAGAGACGCAUAAAAUAAACAUCUGUGAGUGUGGUAACUUAUCGAGAGAAACUGGAAUCCUGAGUGAUCUCAAGAGGACGGUCCAAAGGCACUUCUCAGCGGAGGUCAGUCUAUCUUUUAAUGACAAAGCUGCUAUGAAACAUGAUUUCCGUGGUCUGAAUCUCCUGGUGUCCAGUGAGAAUGGAUUAAAAGCUGGGUUCAUCCAACAAGCUGAUGAUCUGAUGAGCGAUUUCAUUCUUUGCAUUGCUGAAAAUUCCAAGUCUCUAACAGUACCAGGAUAUGCAGAGGUUAGCCGUUAUGUGGACCCCAAUCAAAAUGGCCAAUACAUCCUCCUGAAACAGAUGUGCCGGUCAAAGAGAAACAUCUUCAAAGUAGUCGGUAAAAACUUGUCUGACGCCAUAGAUGGUUUAAAAAUGCCAUCAAAAGAUGUGGUCAUCACUUUGAUCUGGGAAAAACAACCAACACUCAACCCACAUGAAAUUAUGGAGGAGUUGAAAGCCAAAGUAAAUUCGAGUGAAAAUAUAAGAUUAUUCUUCAUUCUGGACGAUGACGCUCCCUCUUUCUCGGAACGAAACCCAUUCUACUCAGAGCAGCUGCGUCUUGGCUUUCCUGUCAACAUUCUGCGAAACGGCACAUGGUGCACUUACAGAAGAUUUCCUUUGCAAGGGGCUAACCCGGAACUGCUGCCAGAUAUAGUUGACAUCUCGAAAAUUAAGAGAGAGGAUAUUGACAUUCACUAUAUUAGCUUGAACAUGCAGAAGCAGCGAAUUAAAAACUACGAGCAAGAUGUUUACGUAUUGGAGUACUCUGGCGUGACUAAAGAUCAGAAAAAAGUAAUGGGACUAGCACAAUAUCGACCAGAAAUAUCCAACAUGGAAAUCAACAUCGACCCAAAGUUAAUUUGGGAAGUACCUCCGGGUGUAUCGAUGGAAGAUGCUGCCACAUUUCCUCUAUUGUGCGGGAUGGCGAAUUAUGCUUUAAUAAUGUGUGUCACGUCUUACGAUGUGAACUCUGCGCUCGUUCAUAAUGGUAGCAGCCUCCACGGACUCACAUGUAUUGCCGUUGCUUUCCACGCACAACUCGAAGUUUUUACAACCGUCCACAGUGCUGAGGAGCGGAACAUCGUAAAGCGCCACUUUCCACAGUUGGAAGACAGCCACAUCAUCGACGCUUGGGCUGAGCAGUUCGACCUGCGGCUGAAACUCCUGACGGGGGGUCGAGGAGCGGACCUGGUCGUAAGCGACGUUCCUGCAAGCCGUAUCACCGCGGCGUGGGAGUGCGUUGCACCCCACGGGAGCUUCAUCGACCUGAACGAGACCAACAUGACCGUCAACGCUCCGCUACCCAUGUUCCACUUCCUCAAGUGCACCACCUACUACUCCUGCCUCAAGACCGGCCUCUUCUCCCUCGCUGAUUGGCGCAAGCAGGAGCUCUGGAACCUUGUCCAGGCCACUCUCACCGCUGAUGUUCUCGUCAAGGUCCCCAGGCGAGUCUUCGGCGCCCACCAGCUCGAUGUCGCUGCCAGGGCCCUGAAUAAGGAGAGUGGCCAAAAGAAAAUUUUGCUAUCCAUGAAAAUUCCUCCUGGCAACCUCCCGAAAAAUUUCUCAAUGAACAAAUCAAUUUACCACUGCAAUAGCACCGAUGCGUAUGUCAUAUUAAGUCCUUCGAUUGGGAAGAGUCUCAGUUUAAUCGAGUGGAUACUGAUUCGCGGUGGACGGAAAGUCGUCCUGGUUGUGUCGAAUCAGAUUGGAGGAACCACAAAACUGAACGAUUUGAUCGACAAAUAUGGAGCUCAACUCUUGAUCUCUUCGAUAAAGAAGUUCAACUCAGGCGCGGAAACGGCAAGUUUGAUGGAUCAGAUAAAAAAACUUCGCCCUGUGCCUAUUUUAUUUAACAUAUAUAUGGACGAGAGACUUGCAACGCACAUAGCAUCCUUCCUGCCAAAUCUUCAUCAUAUAGUAAACGUAGCUCGUACUCAAGACUCAAUUCAAAACAAAAGUGGAAGAGGUGCCAAUACUAAAAAAAGUACUUCCCGCCUGUGUAUCAUUUGCGAAGAUGGUGAGUCAUAUUUGCAGCUUAUGGAUCAAGCCCUGUUAAGUAAUUCUGAUCCGAAAAAUGACUCCAUCUACUCAAUCAACGAUUGUACGGAAAAUUUAAAGAAACAAACCAUUCCGUUACGCGAAUACCUACCAAAAUCUUUCGAGGAGCUAGAGGAGAUCGGCAAGUAUGCAGAAUCCUUCCCGAAGCCACUGAUGACCGCAACUGACGACUCAACAGUUGAUUCCACCGAUGCUGUUACCGUUGCUGUCACCGAUGCCCCGUCCGAUUCGAACAAGAACUCACCACCGGACACUGAAAGUAGGCCCAUCGACUUACCACCGUGCGCUGCGUUCGAAGAAAUUCAUACGUUGGCUCGGCGUCAGAGAUACCAACGUGAAAUUUUGCCAGUGUACCUGAUCAGUAGUUCCGUGAAAAAAUUCGCACCAAUCCAAAAGAAACUCCUGUAUCCACUGUAUUUUGCGAAAUUUUCCGAGCAAAUGUCAUCUGCAGCGGAAGCCGCUAAACAUCUGUAUAAUUCUAUCUGUGCGAUUCAACCCAAAGGACCAUGCACUAUCAUAACAGAAUCGUGGAAUAUUCCAAUUGCUGUUGAUCUCAUUGGAAAACUAAAAGAAAGUCAUCGACAAGCUUCUCUUACUAUUCUGCCCAUUAGUCAAAAGAGCUUACACUCCGUGGUACCUCGAGAAGAGGAACUGGAAGACAUCAUACUACGAAAUUUAUUGCAGUCAUCUCUAAAGGAAUAUCAAAGCUUAUAUUCCGAGAUGGCUCUGGAGACGAAAGUGGCUGACAUUAUCGGUAAGGUCAGUCUUAAAUCCGAUAAAAACUUAGCUCUUGCUGGCCUUACUAUCUUCAAGAAACAGAUGCAGUUCUUUUUGGAAACACCUUUACCAAACAAACUGUUGGACUGUCCCGUUUUAGUGGUCGAAAUGGAGGCAAACCUUGUUAGUCAGACUGAUUAUGCGAAGAUAUCAAAAGGAGAGGUCUCGGUGUUCAGAAGUUCAUCGACUACUUAUGAAGAAUUGCUUGCUGACCCGACGUUGAUCAAGGAACUUAAUUCACGGCAACUGUUCUCAUGGCUGCAUGAAAAUGAAAGUGUGUCAAAAUAAACUGAGGAAAUGGAGGCUGAUGUCGGGUUGAACUCGCAUUUUGAUCCUAUUUCAGCUGUUCAAGCUAUUUUAUGAUUUGUUUUAGCAUAUUUGGAUUGCAUUUUGCAAAAGGUAACCAAGAGUAUCCCAAUGUUGUUAGGAUUGUGUAACUUACAUUCUUUGCAAUAUAAUUGCAGGCAUCAUGCAAAAAUUAAAUUUGCAAAGAUAAUUUUCGUAUUGAAUCGAAGGUUUCUUCGGGAUAAAGAUUAAACUUGUUUUGAUGAUCAGUUUAAGGAGGGUAAACAAAGUUGCAAAAUCUUAGCCGCAUUGGAAUGCUCUUGGUUCCUUUUUGCAAAGAGCAAUCCAGUUAUGGGAGCGCAAGAAAGUUGCGAAUUCAAUCAAAACAUGAUCUCUCACCUACUGCUAAUUUUGUGUGUAAUCAUUCUAAGCAGUAAUGAAACCUUACGUUUAAGAAAGUAUUGCCUGCUGAGUCGACUUAAGAAUGCCCAUUCUUGGAAGCUUUACCUAUACCUUGGGUAAAUGACAACCCAUUUAUCCCAAGUAUAAAAUCUUUCACCAGCAUAUUGUUCUGAGGUAAAAAAAUCGCAUUGUGAAUUUUUGAAAAUAAACACUUAAGAUUGUUCAAGA